UCGUUCGUGAAUCGUGAAACGCUAGUAAAGCAAACGGAUUCAAAUGAUCAAAUCUGUAGGCUUAGCCGGCACAGCUCGAGGAGCCUGCAGCGACCACGAGUACAUGCACGCGGGAACAGCGGCAGCAACACAACCGGAAACUGUUUCUGGAUUCGAAGCCUCGUAGGGAUAUAUAUAAAUUUUCCUCAACCACAAUCCAAACCCGAACAGAUUAUAUAACAAAAAAAGAGGUUUGUUAAGAUUUUUCGAAGGAUAAAGGGGCGCCACGCUUGAAAAGCGCGCGGGAUCCGCUGGGACCUGGGAGUCGUCGCUCCAUCCCCUCCCUCCCACGGCGACGCGUGACGGUGCAGCCGCCCGCCGCCAUGCCGGGCCCUCCUCCUCCGUCCAAUACCCCGCCGCCAUCUACUUCCACUACUGCAAGCCCACCCGCCCCGUCCCCGCCAAUUCCAAGCACCACUCCCGAGCCGUCGCCCCCGUCGCUUCCAUCUGCUGAGCCGGGCCUGCCGCCCGCUCCACCGCUGCAGGCGCCGAUUCUGCCGCCGCCGACGCUGACUCCUGCCGCACCGCCGGCGUUUCUUCCUCCGCCAGCGGCUCCUGCUGCUGCGCCACCGCCGCCUUUGCCGCCGGUGCUUCCGCCUGAUCCUCCGGCUGCUGCUUCGCCGCCCCCGCAGUGGCCGGUCGUGCCACCCGCCCCGCCGCUGCCCUCGCCUCCCCUGCAGCCGCCAGCGGCUCCGUCCGCCCCGUUGGCACCAACUGAUCCGCCGCCGUCUUCGCCUCCCACGCUACCGCCGCCGGCGCCGCCUGCUGACCCGCCGGCGCCAUCUACUCCACCCCCGCCGGCGCCUUCCCCUCCGCCGCAGUCACCCGUUACACCUGCUGCCCCGCCGCCGUCUUCUCCGCCCCCGCAGCCACCGGUGGUGCCAGGCGCUCCGCCGGCGUCUCCUCCUACGCCGCAGCCGCCGGCGCCUUCUCCGCCUGCACCGCCGGCGUCUCCUCCUGCACCGCAGCCGCCCGCGUCUUCUCCGCCUGCACCGGUGGCGCCCACGCCGGCAGCGCCGGCCCCAUCUCCACCGGGGCCCCCGCCGGUGAUGCCACCGCCGUUGCCUGCGCCAUCGACACCGACGCCAUCGCCGCCAGCGAUCCCCGCGCCGUCGACGCCCACGCCUUCUCCGCCAGCGAUCCCCGCGCCAUCGACGCCCACGCCAUCUCCGCCAGCGAUCCCCGCGCCAUCAACGCCAACUCCGUUGCCUCCGGCGACGCCUGCACCCACGCCGUCUCCUACGCCAUCGCCUCCCAUGCCGCCUUCACCACCGGCGCCCUCGCCAUCGCCCCCAAUGCCGCCUGCACCACCGGUACCCACGCUACCACCGCCGGCGACGCCUGCACCAACGCCCACGCCGUCGCCUCCAGGGACCCCUGCGCCGCUGACGCCGUUACCGCCGUCCCCUGCGGUGCCAGCGCCAGCGCCAGCAACGCCGUCCGCGCCUCCUCCGGUGACGCCGCUACCACCAACGCCGACCCCGCCGUCUCCAUCAACGCCAGCGCCACCAUUGCCUUCGCCGCCUUCCCCCAUGACGCCAGAGCAACCAGUGCCGUCUCCGCCUUCUCCGGCGACGCCCAAACCAGAACCGCCAACGCCCUCCCCGCCAUCCCCAUCAACGCCAGCGCCACCAUUACCUUCGCCGCCUUCCCCGGCGACGCCCGAACCGCCAAGGCCGUCUCCGCCUUCUCCAGUGACGCCACGGCCACCAAGGCGGCCUCGGCCUCCACCAGGUGUCCCGGCCCCAGCCGUUCCACCAUCCUCGCGAAGGACGCCAGAGCCACCACCCGCACCGCCAUCUCCGCUCGCCCCGGAUCCUCCAGGGGCGCCCGGACGGCCGCCCUCGCCGCCUCCCGCACCAGCGCCACCAUCUCAUCGUGGCCGCCCUGCUCCUCCUGGCGUAACCCCGUCGCCGCCGAACGGCGACGGACCUCCCUCGCCGCCUUCCCCGCCGUCGCUCACACCUCCGUCGCCUUCAUCGCCGCCGUCAUCGUCGUCGUCUCCGUCGCCAUCAGCUACCAGCGGGACCGUGAUCGGCGUCUCCGUGGCGGUCGCCACGGUGGUCGUGCUCGCCCUCAUAGCCGGGCUCAUCUACUGCUGCUCGAAGAAGCGCCGCCGACGCCGGCACGGCUCCUCUCCGGCGGGCAACGUCUAUGGCGGCCCCCGGCUGCCGGUGACGUCGAAGGUGUCGUCAGCGCCGUUACCGUCCCCGUACUCGCAGUCGCAGCAGACGUUCCCGCCGUGGGAGACGAGCAGCGGCGGCCCCUCGGCCCCCCUGCGCCCGCCGCCGCCGGCGGUCAUCACCGGCGGCACGGUGUCGUACGCGGAGCUGGCGGCGGCGACGGGGGGGUUCUCGGACGCGAACCUGCUCGGGCAGGGCGGGUUCGGGCAGGUGUACCGCGGCGCGCUGGAGGGCGCCGGCGAGGUGGCCAUCAAGCGGCUGCGGCCCGGGAGCGGGCAGGGCGACCGCGAGUUCCACGCCGAGGUGGAGAUCAUCAGCCGCGUGCACCACCGCCACCUCGUCUCCCUCGUCGGCUACUGCAUCCACGGCGACCAGCGCCUGCUCGUCUACGAGUACGUGCCAAACAAGACGCUCGAGCUCCACCUGCACGGGAGUGAUCGCCCGCCGCUGGACUGGCAGCACAGGUGGAGGAUCGCGCUCGGAUCGGCCAAGGGAUUGGCCUACCUGCACGAGGACUGUGAUCCUAGGAUCAUUCACCGUGAUAUCAAGGCGGCCAACAUACUCCUGGAUUACAAUUUCGAGCCCAAGGUUUCGGACUUCGGGUUGGCCAAGAUCCAGCACGCGGACGACACGCACGUCUCCACGCGCGUGAUGGGAACCUUCGGGUACUUGGCGCCGGAGUACGCCACCACCGGCAAGGUAACCGACCGCUCCGACGUCUACUCCUUCGGCGUCGUGCUCCUGGAACUCAUCACCGGGAAGAGGCCUGUCCUGUCGUCGGAGUCGGAGCCCUACAACGACGAGACAUUGGUUUCUUGGUCAAGGCCAAGGCUGACGAGAGCUCUCGAAGAGGACAUCCUGGACGGGCUGACCGACCCAAGGAUGGGCGCCGACUACGACGCCGGCGACAUGCAGCGGCUCAUCGCCUGCGCCGCCGCCGCGGUGCGGCACACGGCGCGGUCCCGCCCGCGGAUGAGCCAGAUCGUGCGGUACUUGGAGGGCCAGCUGUCGGUGGAUGCUCUGAACGCCGGCGUGGCGCCGGGGCAGAGCGAGCUGCUGGAGGACCACGCGGGCGAGCAGCUGCGGCGGAUGCGGCGGCUGGCGUUCGUGCCGGGGACCACCACCGGCGGCUUCCUCGCCGGGAACAUGAGCAGCAGCUACGUGAGCGAGCCGACGAGCGAGUACGGGCUGCACCCGUCGUCCAGCUCCAGCGACGACGCCGACGCGAGCGAGGUGUCGAGCGCGCCCAGAGCGGUGAGCCGGCCGCCGACCACCACCGCGUCCAGCGCCACGGGCGCGGGGGUGGAAGGGCAGAGCUCCGGCGAGCUCGGGGCCGCCGACGACGGGAUGAGCCGGCGCAUGCGCCCCGGACACGGCGGCGCGUGACUGAAGUUUCGAUUUCCCGUCGGGUUUUAUUCUAGGGUACACGUGCAGAGUUGCGGACAGGGUAGUGCUAGAAUUUUAGCCUGUUCGUAUCAUUUUGGUCUCAGGUUUGCUAGAGGGAAAUUAGCAGAAAGAAAAGAAAAGGAAAGAUCGUUCAAGUUUAGAGUACUGGCAGCAGUUUCUGAUCGAGGAACUUUUCUUCAUAUGAAAACAGGAAACGUAGUCGAUCCUAGGGGUAGUCGAUCUCAUGAUCGGAUUAGGUGCAUGGAAUUUUCUUGUUGGUUCCAUUUGCUUUCUGCUUCGUCGUGCUUGCGUGUGCUCUUCCAAGAGACGCGUUGCGUACUUGCGUGCCAGGUGGAUGGCUAGCAUGCACUCGUGUCUGGUAUAUGCUCUUGGUUGCUGUCGUUAUUUUCCAAGAAAAAAAAUUCUUUCCGACCUCUA